CCAUAUGCAAAGGUAUUCAUGAAUCACUAUUCGUUAAAGGUACCCAAAGAAUGAUUUAAAAUCGUGUUGAUUCAAAAAUACGAGUUCUAGCCCUGCAAUGUCGCUACCAAAGCAACAGAGAGCAGGCUGUACACUUCCCAGCAGUGAAUGUCCCUAUGCUGAAGGAUGGGACAUUUACAGGGAAGACAGCCUUUAUCACUGGGGGCGGUACGGGACUGGGUAAGGGGAUGGCUACCACACUCUCCAGGCUUGGAGCACAGGUUGUCAUCACCAGCAGAAAAUUGGAUGUGUUGAAAGGGACAGCUGAAGAGAUAGAGAAAGCCACAGGAAACAAGGUGUUAGCUGUAGCUGCUGAUGUCAGGAAUCCAGAUGCAGUAAAGGCUGCUGUUGAUGAAUGUGUGGAACAUUUUGGCCUUCCCAACAUAGUUAUCAACAAUGCAGCAGGCAACUUUAUAUCCCCAACAGACAGGCUCACAUCCAAUGGCUGGAAAGCUGUGACUGAUAUUGUCCUCAAUGGGACAGCCUUUGUCUCGUUAGAACUUGGCCGGAGGAUGAUAGAAGCAAAUCAAGGUGGGGUGUUUCUGGCCAUUACAACAAUCUACGCCAUGAGUGGAUCAGGGUUUGUUACUCCGAGUGCAGCUGCCAAGGCAGGAGUUGAGGCCCUUGCUAAGUCGUUAGCCAGUGAGUGGGGCAGGUACGGAAUCCGGUACAACUGUAUACAGCCUGGCCCCAUCAGAACUAAGGGAGCUUUCAGCCGGCUGGACCCUACUGGUCAGUGGUCAGAGAAAAUGCUUGAUGUACUGCCCACUGGUCGGCUGGGAGAGGUCCAGGAACUGGCCAAUCUGGUUGCCUACAUGGUCUCUGACUACAGCAGCUGGAUGACUGGGGAGGUGGUGAAACUAGAUGGUGGUGAGUACUACAGUCGGGCGGGGUCGUUCAACGAACUGCGGGAUGUCACAAAAGAGCAGUGGGACAUGCUCGCUCAGAUGAUCAAGUCUACUAAGGGAUCGUGAUUGAAACGUUGGAAAAUGUAUUAAACAUCAAAGAGACACUUCAUCUGUUUCAAUUAAAGAUAAAGAGGAAAAACCCUAAUUUGAAAAAAAAUAAAAUAUCAUUGCCGCUUUUUUCAGUACUUUCAUACCACAGGUCUCAGACUAAAUGUCAUUGAAUAUUAGAUUUGUUUUAUUCAUUUUAAGUCAAUUUAAGGGCCAAUAUUCCAUACUUUGACAUCAUAAAAGAAUAUAUAUUUUGUAAAAAAUAUAUAUGGACUGAAAUAGUACAUACUUCUAUACCAGGGCAGACUGAAGUUGGCAGUGUCUCAUUAAAUGAUCAUAAAGAAUGGAUAAAAUCCAUGUUGAUACUUGUAAAUCAUUGGCCAUCAUUGAAAAUGAUUCUGUGAUACAAUACUGUUAUGAGCUUUAUGACAAUGUGUGUCUUCUAGUAACAUGUAUGUUAGUUGUUACUUUGCAAAUUGUCUGUUUGAAAAUUAUUCUAUGUUUUAUAUCUUAUUGCUGUUGAUAAAUAUAAUUUAAAUUAUAUAAAUGACAAUUGUAUCUUCUAUGACAAAUAGACUCCUGGAAGAAGGGUCAGGUAUAUAGAGACUUGUUUUAUAUUUUAUUAAGACCAUUGAUUUACCUCUUGAUCUUUUUAUCAACGAAUCCGGGUCAACUGGCCCAAUUACCAUUUCGGCCUGGUCCUUUUCGGCCCAGUUACCAUUUCGGCCUGGUCCAUUUCGGCCUACUUUUAUUUUUUAUUAUUAUUAAACUUGCUAUUCUUAUUUAUAUAAUCAAUUAAUAAUAAAAAAUAUCCAAAAUAUGUAUAGUAAUUUAUACCCUGGUAUAGUAGAUGACUCGAUGUUGUUUAGAAUAUUAAGUUAUUAACAGACAUGUUAUUUCUUCAAGAGACAAAAUGGACUCCGAAAGAAAGAGAAAUACGAUGUUUCAAACAAUUAUUUCAUAACUAAUAUACUCUUAAAUCAACCACAUCGCAUAAAAGGAUAAAAUACAUAAAUACAUAAAACAUAUGGGUGAUCUCAAGUCCACCACGAUACAAAAUGUUACUAUGCUCAGCUCGAGAAUAGGCAUAUUAGGCUCUCUCUGAAUUCACUUUUACUCCAGGCAUGGUCGACAGACAAACGCCAGACCUCCACUUGUCUUUGAUGCGUUGUUUAAUGCAUGUACUAUUAUUUUAAGUACAUAUGCUGAACACUAAUAUUGACUUCAAUAUUAAUUAGGUGUAACAUGUUAUUUUUGCUUCCCUGGCCCUUGUAUUUUAAGAUGUUGCGGCACUAAUAUUGAAGUGACAUUCUGUCCAUGACACGUGACAAUACAUAAUUGUUUAUGACCAUGCAAUUAAAGUAGCACUGUACUUAAAGUAGCUUAGCAACAAUCUUGUUCAUGAACAGAUCAGAACAGAGAGUUUAUUAGACUUAUACAUUUGUACAUCGUCACAAGUUCUGUGAUGCCAUCGCUGGCACCAGUCACAGUCAACAACCUGCUGACGUUGCCUUACUUCAUUCAAACGCAUGCUACAAUGAUACAUGAUAAUAACUUAACAUAUAACAAACAAUGAUAUUACGGAAUACUAUAAAUUUAAUGAGUUUUCAAUGAAUAUUAAUAUUUUUUGAACCACAUUUAUAUAUUGCCUUCCCUUUUUAUACGCCCGAAGGGUCGUAUUAUGUUAUGGCCUCCAUCGUCUGUCCGUCUGUCUGUCCGUCUGUCCGUCCGUUAGCAAUUCCGUGUCCGGGCCAUAACUUGGUAACUAAUAAAGCGAUUUUCAAAUAACUUUAUACAAAUCAUCACUACAUUAAAAGGAUGUGUCGCGCGCAAUUUCCAGGUCCAUACCUCAAAGACUAGAAUCACCAUAGGGGUGCGUUAGCAAAUCCGUGUCCGGGCCACAACUUGGUCACUAAUAAAGUCAUUUUCAAAUAACUUUAUACAAAGCAUCAUUACAUUAAAAGGAUGUGUCACGCGCAAUUUCCAGGUCCAUACCUCAAUCACUAGAAUCACCAUGGGGGGGACGUUAGCAAUUCCAUGUCCAGGCCAUAACUGGGUUACUACUAAAGCAAUUUUCAAAUAACUUUAUACAAAUCAUCUCUACAUUAAAAGGAUUUGUCAAGCAUGCUUUCCAGGUCCGUACCUCAAAGGCUAAUUUCACUGGGGGGCGUUAGCAAUUCCGUUAGCAAUUCUGUGUCCAGGCCACAACUUUGUGUUACUACUAAUAAAGGAAUUUUUAGAAAACGUGUCCUAGCCACAACUUUGUAACCAAUAAAGCAAUUUUUAGAUAACUUUAUACAAAUUAUUGCUACAUUAAAAGGAUGUGUUGUGAGCACUUUCCAAGUCCUGCUACUUUUAAACUUGUAUUCUCAGAUUUUCUAAGGAAGUUUCAGAUAUUCAAUUUUUUUUAUAAAAAUAUUUCAUUUCAUAAAAUCUGAUUCCAUAUUAGUACAUCCUUCAUUGCACUACUUACCAGUAUGUAUGUUGUUUUACAAUUAUUCUAUGUUGUAAAAAAAUACUGUUGAACAAAGGUUUUUAUUAGCACUGCUAACUUAAGUAUCAUUAAAGUUUCAAUAUUGGAAGUUUAAGCCUUUGUUGUAAACACUUCACACCUAGUAAGCAGUAUACUAGCAUAACCUAAAUGUUUAUUAAAGACCUCAAGCCGAAUCUUCUUCGGGCGUAUAAUGCUCCGUUUCGCGGUGCUCUUGUUACUCAUUUCCCUUUGUGAUUUUGUAUCUUUUCAAUAUUAAACAAUGUGUUUCCACUUUUUUAGUCAUUAGCAAUAUAAUUCAGUAGUUGUAAUCAUUUUUUAAACAUCAUUAACAUCCUUUGAAAUGCCAAUUAUCAGAGGUGUCUUCGGCGUUUACUUUAACACUCUAUAGUAACACAUUAACUGCUCCAAAUUAUCCGUAAAUUAGGUGUAAACAAUAUCAUACCAAACUGCAUUCCAUAGGCACGCUCCCUUUCAAAAGUAGGCCGAAAAGGACUAGGCCGAUUUAGACCAGGCCGAAAAGGUAAUUGGGCCGAGUUAACCCGACACCUUAUCAACCUUGACCUAUAUUUUAAAAAGGCUAACAUUCUUGAAGACAAGAUAGCAAAUGUGGCCUCAUUAAGGUAACCAAUGUUUUUCACACAUUGAUAUUAAUCUUAAUGUUGACCCCAAUUCGAGUUAUGAUCAACUUUGACCUAUUUCAUAGAUACAUAGGUCUUGACCAAGUUUCAUAAAGAGUAGGUAGAAAUGUGAUGUUUAGAGUGUUCACAACGUUUUUUAAACAUUGGACCUAGUAACUUAAUUUUUUACUCAAAAUGACCCGAAAUCAAACUAGACCUUAAUUUCAAACAGACACAUACCCUCGGGGCCUGACCAUGAUUGGUAUGAGAAUACGGCCCCCAUGUUUCCAUCAGUGUCUUUUUUACUCUUCAACAUUUUGACCAAACAUGACUCAUAUUCAACUUUGACCUAGGUUUCAGAGAGACAUUAUAUACUGACCAAGUUUCAUAAAGAUUUAGUAGAAAUGUUGUUUCUGGAGUGUUAAGAUUUAAUAAAAUAUUUAACCUUG